AUGCAGUUUGCGCGAACGUUGGAAAAAAGGCAGGCGAUCCUCGACGAGAGUUUCGAGCUGAUCGAGUGUUGGGAGCAUGAUUUCAAAAGAAGACAACUGUAUCCAAAAAAGAAAACGGAAACUUUUCCGCAUAUCAUCGUGUUUGAUUUUGAGUCGGUGCUGGACACGAGCAAACGCAAGCAGGCGACGAAGUGCCGGUGUCCGUUUUGUCGGCAGACACUUUGGAUCGAGCGCCAAAGUACACCAGUAGCAAAGAUCCCAAAGAGCGGAGCUGGAGAUUCUAGGAGGCGCUUGAGCGUCUGGACGCGGCUAUCCGAGAAGGCAUUCGGCGAUACAUUCCGUAGGAUUUCGAAUUUCUGCCGGAGCAGCAACAAAAGCGUAUUUGCUAAUGGUGUUUUCUAAUCCCAGAUUUGGGUUUCAAAACCGGGCGUUAUGAUUUGAAGCUGAUAAAAAAAGUAUUUUAUGACCCAAGUCGCGCCAGACAGCGAUGUUAAAGUGGCCAACAAACAGAACAAGGCCAUGUACUUGUCAACGCCGUCGUUCAAGUUUCUGGACAUCAUCAACUUCAUCAGCUACAGGACCAGUUAUGAUGAAAGGGUGAAAAUGUACGGCGCCAAGCUCUCAAAAUCGUGGUUCCCCUACAAGUGGUUUGACACAGCCGAA